AUGUCACCCCCUUGUGCUUCUGCGCCGAAAAGGAGCCAGCACGGGGUCUACCUCCUCCCUCUCACCGACGAUGGCGCUCCGGAUGUGGCCCACGGAUACGUUUCCUUGCCGCAUCCUACAGAUCCUCCAUAUAUCCUCCGUUUUGUCAUCGAGGGGAGCAGUGCUGUCUGCCGACGGGGAAGGUUAUGGGUUAAUAUCCCGCAUCCUGGGGCGCAGUUUGAGAGGGGUUUUUUUAGGGAAUAUCUACUAACACCCUCCUUUACCCACGCAAUUGAAAUCGACAUACCAAUAACCACCCCUGGUGCCUUUGCCUUUUACAUAACCUACUCUCCCCCCCCGGAGCUACCAGUAGCUACCUUCCCAUCCCCAAGACAGAUACAGGCGCAGGACCCAGCCCAAGUCCAACUCCGCUCCCCAACCCACUACAUAAAUGUCGCCCCAACAAUCUCUCUUAACAACCAAACACUUCCUCUAGCCUCCGUCUCCGUAAUCUCACUCCUCUCCAAAUUUGUCGGCUCAAACCCCUCAGAUUGGAACAAGCAUCUGCUCAGCAUCGCCCGUCGCGGCUACAACAUGGUUCACUUCACGCCGAUCAUGGCCCGUGGCGAAUCGAACUCGCCAUACAGCAUCGCGGACCAUCUGACGUUUGACAGAUGCUGCUUUCCCAAUGGCGAGAGCGACGUUGCUAAUAUGGUGUCACGCAUGGAGAGUCAGUAUGGCCUCUUACCGCUAACGGAUGUGGUCUGGAAUCACACGGCGAAUAAUACAGAAUGGCUACAGGAGCACCCAGAAGCUGGGUAUAACGUGGAAACUGCUCCGUGGUUGGAGGCGGCGGUUGAACUGGAUGAUACACUCUUGCGCUAUUCGGAACAGCUGGGCCAACUGGGGCUACCCACGCAGUUUGACAAUGUCAACGAUUUGCUCUCAGUCAUGAAUCAGAUGAGGGCCAAUGUUAUUGAUAAGAUUCGCCUGUGGGAGUUUUAUGCUGUUGAUGUUCAGCGCGAUGUGGAGGCGACGAUUCGGGCGUAUCAGAGUGGUGAUGUGAGGAUUCCAGAGGGCGGAUUUGGUGACCAUACUAUCGGAGGCUUGGGAGAGAUUAAGGGGUGGAGUUUGAAGGAGAAGGCUGGGUUCUUACGCGAUCGGGGUUUACUUAAUAAAGAUCGGCUUCUGGGGCGGUACGGACGGGUCGUUGAACCUGCUGUGGCUGCGGCACUGCUCACGGCACUCUAUGGCCGUUACGACGCAGAGACUUCCGACAUCCCGCGUAUUCGCAGUGACCUCUCUAAGAUCUUCGACGAGGUUAAUCUCCCACUCUUCCUUGAGUUUGAUAAAGAUGUCCUAGAGAUCUUCGACCAGCUCUUCAACCGCAUCAAGUAUCUACGGCUCGAUGAGAAUGGGCCGAAGUUGGGGCCAGUUACGAAAGAAAAUCCUCUGAUAGAAACCUACUUCACGCGCCUGCCACUGAACGAGAAGACGGCGAAACAUAACCGGAAUACGCUUGCCCUGGUUAAUAAUGGGUGGGUGUGGAAUGCGGAUGCCAUGCGUGACAACGCUGGGCCGCACUCCCGAGCCUAUCUGCUGCGCCAGGUCAUUAUCUGGGGCGACUGUGUCAAGCUCCGUUACGGCUCGUGUCGGGACGACAACCCGUAUUUGUGGGACUAUAUGGCCAGCUAUACAAAACUGAUGGCGAAAUACUUCGCUGCCUUUCGCAUUGAUAAUUGUCACUCCACCCCGCUUGCUGUGGCUGCAUACCUUCUCGACGAGGCGAGAAGGGUUCGUCCCAAUCUUGCUGUGUUUGCGGAGUUGUUCACGGGCUCAGAGGAAAUGGAUUAUCUCUUUACGAAACGGCUUGGGCUUAACGCGCUGAUUCGUGAGGCGAUGCAGUCUUGGAGUACUGCGGAACUUAGUCGGCUGGUGCAUCGACAUGGUGGUAGACCCAUAGGCAGUUUUGAUAUUGAUUUGCCGACUGAUGAUUUCCCGCGGGAGAAUGGUAUCAAUGGCGGUAGCAAAGGCAAUGGGAAGAAUUGUGGGGCAAGAUGUGAAACUAUCAAGCACGUCCGCGAAAUGCCGGUCCAGGCGCUGUUUAUGGACUGUACUCACGAUAAUGAGAUGCCUGCACAGAAGAGGGAGGCGAGAGAUACCCUUCCUAAUGCCUCGCUGGUGGCAAUGUGUGCCUCCGCCUCCGGGAGUGUCAUGGGCUAUGAUGAGAUAUACCCGGCGCAUCUGGAUCUUGUGCAAGAGACGCGGCGGUAUUCUUCUUCCGUGGAACCCUCUGAGGGGGGAAGUGCGGAUCCCUCUGACAAGCCUAGUAUUAUUGGGAAAGAGGGUAUAGGCGGCGCGAAGAGAUUGCUGAACGACCUGCACACGAAAAUGGCUGUUGAGGGUUAUGAUGAGACCCAUAUUCAUCACGAUGGGGAAUAUAUAACUGUCCAUCGCGUGCAGCCAGAUACGAGAAGGGGUGUUUUCCUCAUUGCCCACACGGCGUUCCCAGGGGCAAAUGGUGGGGCACUUGACCCCGUGUGUCUUACGGGGACGAAGGCAAAGCUCAUCGGUGCGUGGAGGUUGGAAGUUGACGAUUCGGAUAAGGCGAAGGAGGCUGUUUUGGGGGAUAAGGAGUACCUGAGAGGUUUACCCAGUCAGGUUAUUAGUUUGGAUGGGGUUCUAAUUUCGGAAAAAGAAGAUAGUACGGUGAUUUCGAUGCCGCAGUCAUUCCCGCCUGGCUCUAUUGUGUUGCUGGAGACGUGGAUUCCUUGUGCGGGUUUAUCGCAGGAGUUGAGUACCUUUAUUACGUCAGGAGCGGUGGAAGCCUUUCACAAACUUGACCUGAUCGAUCUUAAUUUUGUCCUUUACAGAUGCAAUGCGGAGGAGAGGGAUUCUAGUGACGGUAAGGAUGGCGUUUACAACGUCCCCAAUUUCGGUCCGCUUGCCUAUGCUGGUUUGCAGGGCUGGUGGAGUGUGUUGGAAACUAUUGUCAAACAUGAUGAUCUGGGUCAUCCUCUGUGUGAUCACCUUCGAACCGGGCAAUGGGCACUAGACUUCAUUGUUGGACGAAUGGAGAGAGCGAUCGAGUUGCAUGGAUAUGAGCGUCUACAGCUUCCAACUGCAUGGCUACGAGAACGUUUCGAUGUGAUUCGCAAGGUCCCUAAUUUUCUCCUACCAAGAUACUUCUCCAUGAUCGUGCAAACAGCCUACUACGCUGCGUGGAGACGUGGCAUUCAAUUGUUUAAUGGUAUCAGGCAUGGUACGCAUUUCGUCCACGCACUGGCCACUGUCUCCAUACAAAUGGUUGGAUACGUUAAAUCUGGUUCACUCUAUCCGAACAAAUUAGUCCCCUCUCUAGCAGCAGGUCUACCACAUUUCUCCACCGACUGGGCCCGUUGCUGGGGUCGGGAUGUCUUCAUCUCUCUCCGCGGACUUCUCCUAUGCACCGGCCGCUUUGAUGCCGCCAAAGACCAUAUUAUCUCCUUUGCUAGCGUGAUUAAGCACGGCAUGAUCCCCAACCUGCUUGGCAGCGGUAAACUGCCCCGUUACAACUCGCGCGACUCUGUCUGGUUCUUCCUCCAGGCAAUACAAAACUACGUUACUAUGGUCCCCGAUGGGAUCCAGCUGCUGGAGGAGAAGGUGCCCCGCCGCUUUCUUCCGUAUGAUGAUACGUGGUUCUCUUUCGACGAUGAAAGGGCGUAUAGCCGUUCCUCAACGAUAGAGGAGAUUAUCCAGGAAGUGCUCCAGCGACAUGCAUCUGGUUUGUCCUUUAGGGAAUAUAAUGCUGGGCCGCAGUUGGACAUGCAGAUGAAACCAGAGGGGUUCCAAGUCGAUAUCCAUGUCGAUUGGGAGACUGGGUUUAUAUUUGGAGGCAACAUGUGGAACUGCGGUACGUGGAUGGAUAAGAUGGGCGAGAGUGAGAAGGCAGCGAACAGAGGUCACCCGGGCACACCGAGGGAUGGAGCGGCAAUUGAGAUUACAGGGCUGCUCUAUAGUGCACUCCGUUGGGUAUCAAAACUACACGAAGAAGGACGUUAUAAGUACGCAGGCGUCACAACUAACUCAAACGAAACCAUCAAGUUCUCCGAGUGGGCGCAACGUAUUCAAUCAAACUUCGAUCGCGCGUAUUACAUCCCGGUCCUCUCCUCCCAUGACGCACAACAUGACAUCGACCCCACAAUCGUCCAUCGCCGGGGAAUCUACAAGGACCUUUAUAAAUCUUCCAGCCCAUACAAGGACUACCAGCUCCGCCCCAACUUCGCCAUCGCCAUGACCGUUGCACCAGACCUUUUCAAAUUGGAGAAUGCUAUCCAUGCGCUUGUUGUUGCGGAUAAAGUCCUCCGGGGCCCAGUGGGGAUGGCCACGCUGGAUCCAGAUGAUUUAAACUAUCGACCGUACUAUAAUAAUGCGGAGGACUCUGAGGAUUUUGCUACGUCAAAAGGGAGGAAUUAUCACCAAGGACCCGAGUGGGUGUGGCCCCUUGGUUUCUUUCUGAGGGCAUUGUUGAGGUUUGAGAUCAUUAGAAGGAAGAGCUUGGGGAAAGAGAGCAAGCAUGAGGGUGGAGAGAGGGACAUGAGUGGGAGGGAAGAGGCGUUUCAGCUUGUGGCAAGUAGGUUGGAGGGGUGUAAGAAGAUGAUUGCGGAGAGUCCGUGGAAAGGGCUGGCAGAGUUGACGAACAAGAGUGGGGAGUUCUGUGCGGAUUCGGCCCCGACGCAGGCGUGGUCGGCGGCAUGUUUGCUGGAGGUUUAUUACGAUGCGGCGCAGCACCAACAGGAGGACAGGCCGGGGGAUGAGGGAUGA